AUGAUACAACAACCAAACACACCUGAAUUCAUGGAAAGCAAUGAUCUGCAAUUGACUCGCAAAUCAAUACAUCGUCAUUCUAUUACAAGAGCCACUGCUUCUAGUUUAGCCAAAGCAGUUCGUCCCAAUUCAAUGACCGUUGAAUUACCCUCUCGAAAGAAACCGGCUCUUAAGUCGAGAAGACAGUCCUUGGUGCCAGACAUAAAAAAGACCAAGACAGAUCAAACUGAACUACUCACAAGACAAUUAAAGAAAUCUUUGAUAAUAAACCCAGUUCAAGCUGACACUACAGAAGUAAAAAUCCAUCCCCUUGAAACUCCUUCUAACAAAUCUCCUGAAAUCCUUGCAGAUGUUUUGACCACAAAUACCCGAUGUUCACCACCACUUUCACGUUCUUCUUCCGAACAUACUCACAAUCAUCACUAUGAUACGAUAGAUGAAGAAUUGCCUGGCUACAUGAGAAGACCUAUCUGUGCAGCAUGCAAUCGUAAUGUUAAGGUUACUUCAAGUUCAGAAACAAAUCAUAUGCAUAAGUCAUCAAGUACUGCGACAAAUUCAACACGAUCUUCAUUCUCUUCCGCAAGCAUUCAGCCGGGUGACACGAAAAAAUACUUUGCAAAUCCAAUUUCUGCAAGAGAACAAACAACAGCAAGCACAAGGCCUGCUGUUUCAAUCUCGCCUAAAUCUUCAUCUUCUACUCAUAGUAAUUUCAGUAAACAGAGCGGCAAUAGUAGCACUACCUCUGUUGACAUAAGAGCACAUAGCCCAACAUCGCCUAUUCCUACUAGAAAAAGGACAAAACCAAAAAAAGCGCUUUUCAAACAAAAGAAAACUAUGCCUGUUACGUUAUCAAUGGAUAAAUGGAAUCAAUUGUUAGCGCAACAGCAAGAUUUGAUAUCUGCUUUGACCACUAAAGAUAGCCAAGAUGAUAUUCAUCAGGCACUCUUUAGGUUAAGUAUUUCAAGUCAGCACCAGUAUGAAACAGUAUUAUUGGAAACACAAGCCAAAAUACUAAACAAAUUCACAACAAUUAUGAUACAACAACAACAACAACAACAACAACAAAGAGACGCUUUGUUUGCGCCCUCUUCUUCUUCUAUGGAAACAAUUUUGAUUGAAACAAAGCAAGAAACAACAAAACCACUCGAUUGGCAAACAAAAUUAGAAUACAGCAUGACCCGUUUAAAAUGGAAUCUAAGUCAUUGGGUGGGAAACAUAAUUGGUACAGGUGAAAUUGAGGAACAAGAAUUUGAUGUGCUCGGCUAUCCCAAAAGCGUGGUGGUUUCAGGUGUCUGUGUGACUACUGAACCGGGAUUGCUUCCAAAGGACCUUCAAAAAUUCCUCAAGCCUGAGCAUGGGAAAGUUAUUUGUCAUAAAUAUGCAAUUCAAUUAAGCAAAGACCAUCGGUUAUUCAAAUUUCAAUUGAUAAAGCACUGGGUAAAAGACGAGAACGUAUGCAAGUGUGAAUUCUCUAUCCGCCUUGAUCAUAAAACAAAGUCUUGUGACACUGAAUUCGGUCUGUUUCAACGACGACAUCAUUGCAGAAGCUGUGGACAUGUUUUUUGCCAAGAGCAUAGUUCAAAUCGCCUUCCUUUGUUUCUGGACAAUGGCCAACGAGGAGAAUGGUCUCGUGUGUGCGAUAUAUGCUUUUAUAAACUAGUGGACCCUAAAUUCAUAUCAAGAUCUUAA